AUGUAUCAGUAUUACACUACCGACUUGCUGCAACCAGACCCAGCCCCGCUACUAACAAGACGUGCGAUAUUAAACAGAAAUCGCGAGGAAGGACACGAACAUCUGUAUCGCGAUUACUUUGCAGAUAAUUUUGUAUACGGGGCGAAGGACUUCAAAAGAAGAUUUCGUUUGAGUAGAGAUGUGUUCUUACGAAUCACCAACACCUUGGACAGCCGGUAUGAAUUUUUUCAAUUAAGAUAUGAUGCUAGAGGUAGACGAGGGUUUACAACGUUGCAGAAAUGUGUUGCGACCAUUCGUUUGAUGGCUAUGGGGGAGUCACCCGACAUCAUGGACGACUAUAUGAGAAUGUUCGAAAGAACUGCAAGGGAGAGUUUGUAUACAUUGUCAAGGGGUGUUGUUGAAACAUUUGGAGAAGUGUAUUUGCGGAAACCUUCGUUGCAUUAUUUGCAAGAAUUGUAUGCGGCGCAUGAAGAACGUCAUGGGUUUCCCAGAAUGAUCAGAAGCAUUGAUUGCACACACUGGAAAUGGAAAAAUUGUCCGGUAGCAUGGAAAGGGCAAUACGCAAGUGGUCAUCAUGGAUCACCUUCGCUAGUUCUAGAGGCUGUUGCUUCUCAAGAUUUAUGGAUUUGGCAUGCAUUUUUUGGGGUUGCGGGUUCCAACAACGACGUCAACGUUCUUGAUCAGUCGCCAAUAUUCGACGAUCUUUUGAAUGGAAAGGCCCGAAUGCUCCUUUCACGGUGA